AUGAAAGAGGAUAAGGCCGUCCUCACCUACUCCGGCAUCCGGGUCUAUACAUUCGCCUGCCUAGCGCACGAAGCUGUGAUGCCUGAGCACCUGCAGCGACCAACUUUCAUCUGCGCUUUUAACUCAGGUUUGGGAGCAAGCGUGCCAGUGCACAUGAAGCCCUGGAUUCAGACUCUGGUUCAGCUUCUUGCAAGUUCACGGCCUUUGUUGCUGACCUGUUUUGGCGCAUACGAGGCGCGACUGGAAGCAUCGAUACUGAAUGCGAUGCAGGCGCAGUAUGCCCCGCACAAGCAGGGCGGCUUUGGCCAUGUUUUAGAGUCCGACAAGCCGCUCAGCAUCUGCAACGCAAUGUUCACCUGGGUCUUGGGGAGCUCCAUACCUGAGCCACAAUUAAUGACAGAUGUGAGGCACUACGUGGAGAAGCAGUUGGAGGCUUCCCAGCUGCUCUUGUUUCUGAAGGAGUUGAAGAGCCACCUCCGAAUUCUGCAAGAUCCUGAACACUCUGCGCAUGUUGGUUGGGCAGAGAUGUAUGACGGACGCUUUAUCCCGGCCAUCAAGCAGGCGCUUGAGGAAGACGAUGAUGAGAGAGGGGGUAUCCAGCAAAUAGUCCGAUGCACGAUGAAGACCAUCGCCUCGGCUUGCGCCGUACCCACUGCAGCGCGCAUUUUCCUAUACUUUAGUGGCCUCGAUCUCUUGCGGAGCUUCAGAAAUUGGGCCGAGACUGCUCCCUGGACUUCACAUGCGUGGAUGCGUGAAGAGACGCUGGAGUGGGUGAUGGAGGCCGAGCAGCUCCUCGAGGAGGGCAUGCAGGCCUGUAAUUGCCAGAGCCUGGAGCAGAUAUCUGAAGACCAGGAGGUCUGCGCUUUCUCUGCCUCGUUGCAAGUUAGGCUGGAUGGUGGGUGCUCGCUGUUUCAGAAUCCCAGCCUUGCCUCCAGCCCAGUCGCCAAAGUUGCACGUGGCCACGCUCUACAAGCAGACGCACACAAAGGUCUCUGGAUCCGUGUGGCUCAUCAUUCCGGCGCUUGCUGGCUUCAUGGCUACACGGAUGACGGCCACGCCUGCGAUAUCACCUACUGGGAUGUGAAGGCGUGGCAGCCUGAGGUUAAAAGCUGA